GAAAGAGGAAUGCAGCGCGAGCUUUAGACUGGACAGCCGGAAUCAGCGCAGAUCCGCCGCCACGCGCACCAGAGAGAGACGCGGAAAAAUCCAGCAGACACUUCAGAAAGGAUCUUCCUAGAGAAGCCACUGCCGUCGGCACCAUGGGAGGAAAACUGAGCAAGAAGAAGAAGGGAUACAACGUGAAUGAUGAGAAGGCAAAAGAAAAGGAUGCCAAAACAGAGGGAGCAUCAGCAGAGGAGAAUGAUGCUUCUAAAGACAACAAGGACGAAGCACCAACUGCCACGGAAACCACUGAGACAGCCAAUGACACGGCGGCAGCCACCAAAGAAGCAACGCCUGUUGCGGAUAGCAGUGCAACCGUGCCAAAAGAAGAGGAGAAGUGUGCUGCUCCAGCGGCCAAGGAAGAGAAAUCAGCAACUAGCACCACCUCAACUUCUAAUGCCAAGAGUGCAGACUCCGCUAAAGCGGAACCCGCCAAGAGUCCUGAGGCCCCACCUACCAAGGCAGAAGAAAAACCCACCUCUGCUCCAGCACCGGCCAAUGAGAAAGAACCAGCGAAAGAUACCACCCCAGCUCUCAAAGAGCCUGCCCCAGCUAAGGAUCCUGCCUCUGCGACAGAGAGCAAGGCAGACACUGAGGCCAAAAAGACUGAAGCACAACCUGUAACCACGGAGACCAGCGCUGCCCCCAGUAAGGAGCAGACAGUUGCUGUGCAAGAUUAACGAACAGAGGCAAACAAACCAAUAAGGAGAAAAAUAAUUAAUAAAAAUAUCUGAUCAGAUUAAAUUAGUGAAACUAGCCCUUCUUAAAUUACAACUACUAUAAAAUUGAUAAAUAAAACAAUAAUAAAUAUUGACUUCGACAAGAUUAGUCAACAUCUUUACUGAUAGUGGGUUUUAUAAUAAAGCAGUGAACAAUUAUGUGGUCAUAAUAAAGUUGUAUACGUAAAAUAUGAGCUAAAACAAUGAUGAUGAUUAUCAUGAUGUUGAUUUGAUUUCUAUUGUCAGAGUUAUUAUUGUUAUUUUAACACUGACAUAAGACUCAAUCUACCACCAGCCCCCAAAUCUAACUCUUAAUGUCUCUCUCUCUCUCUCUCUCUCUCUCUCUCCCUCUCUCUUACUACCUGUGUCACUCUCUCCAUUUAACCCUCUAUUUAACAGAGGGCUGAGAUGAAAGAGUGUAACUGGCUUUUUUGCAGGCCACACACACAGUUCUCACCAGUCUGUUCUUACAUUGAUCUCUUUCCAAAAUGAGUGCAACUGAUGUGUGCGAGUGUGUCUGUCUGGUGGUCUUGCAUUCUAUUUGGUAUCUUCUCUUUGCUGCUGUCUGGUUUGUGCUUUGGUCAUUUGCAGUGGUUGACGUUGUGUUUUGGCCUUUGUUCUCUAGUCUUUCCUGACCUUUCAAUGCCUUUCAUUAAUAUCCUUUACAUUGAUGGAAUAAAAAAAAGUGUGUGCAGCACAGUGUAAUACAUGAACACACACACACACACACACACACACAGAGACACACACACAAUCACACACACACACAAACACACACACACACACACACACACACACACACACACACACACUCACACACACACACACACACACACACACACACACACACACACACACACACACACACACACACACACACACACACACACUACAGAUAAAGAGAGAAUGUGAGAGAGAGAGAGUCUGUGCUAAAAGGUGUUGGAUGCAUUAAAACAUAUGUAAACACACCAAGUAUUUGUUUAAAUCUUCAUUGGUAUUAUAUGUACAAUAGGUUCAAUCCUGUGUGUGUGCGUGUGUGUGUGAGUGAGUGAGUGAGUGAGUGAGUGAGUGAGUGAGACAGACAGAGAGUUUAGGUGGCCAUGCCUGAGGACCCAGUCUGCCAGUCUGCCUUAUUAAUGAUUAAGCAGCAGUUGACAUGGUGUCUGUGUAUGACAGGAGAGAGAGUGAAAGAAUGAAUACAAAGACAGGAAGAGUGUGAGAUAAAGAGGGAUUUGGAAGUGUAAAUCAUAGACGAAAUAAUAGACUAAAUAAUUUCUCUUGAUGCAAUGUGACCUGGAUUUGUGUGUGUGUGUGUGUGUAUUGUAAAAGACUUCUUGCAUGUCAGUUGUUGAGUGGCCCUGUAGUGUAUUUUGGUUGCUGUGGAAACAACUGAAAUGUUGACAAUAUUCUAAUAUUCUAUUUCAUUAAAAAAAUCUGCGCAAACACACCAACAGACUCUCUCUCUCUCUCUCUCUCUCUCUCUCUCUCUCUCUCUCUCUUUUCUUUGUCUCUUUCUAUCUUAACAUCCCUUGCCAAAAUGAAACGGAACAUAAGCUGGAUAAUUUGAAAUUAUAUGUUCUUGUAUAGAUGGAGAAACUAAUAAAAUGUAAGAAACUGAUUGAAA